CUAGAACUUUGGCUGGUGAUGGUGCCAUGUUAUCACAAACAGAUCCAGAUGCAUCACGUGAAGAGGUGUGCAAAGUGGACGCAGCUACACAGUGGGAAGAUAUGACAACUGCCCAUCACACAUAUUCUGCACCUUUAAAGUUGGUAAAUAUCAGAGCACCACUUUUGGAAAAGAUGACUGCAGCUGACCUACGAUUCUACACAGGGGUAUCACCAGACAUAUUUAAGAAGCUCGCACUGUGCAUUCAGAGGACACCUUUGCGGCCUUCACAACUUCACACAGAAGACCAGCUGCUUCUAACACUGAUGCGCUUGAGGCUUGGCCUUCUUUACAGGGACCUAGCAUCGAGAUUUUGUAUUGCACCAUCCUCUGUGUGCAAUAUAUUCAAGAAUGUCCUCAAAUCACUUAAAGAAAUCAUGAAAUAUAUCGUAAUCUGGCUCCCGAGAUCUCGUAUUCAGAGCACUAUGCCAAGUGCAUUCAUAGAAAAUGGUUUUCAAACCACUACGUGCAUAUUCGAUUGCACAGAGGUCGCACUUGAAAGGCCAACCAAACAAAAGCCACGAGCCCAAACCUACAGUUCAUACAAAGCUCAUAAUACUGUAAAGUUUCUUGUGGUAAUUGCUCCAAAUGGCCUUAUUAUGUACAUUUCUCGUGCAUUUGGUGGUCGUGCUUCGGACAAAUUUAUUGUCAGACAGAGUGGCGUCCAGGAAUACCUUGUUCCUGGGGAUGUGAUAAUGGCCGACAGGGGCUUCACUCUGGACCCCUACUUGGAAGCACAGGGAAUCAAAUUGAACAUGCCAGCAUUCACCAAAGGUGAGAAAAGCUGCCCCCAUUCAUUAACCUAUUCUAUUAAAGUAGGAAACGCAUGCUGUCUUUGUGCUACACCGUGCAUGAUUAUCAAACAUGUGUGGUUUGCUAUUGUACUUGUGGUUGCCUAA